UACACUUGCUAGUGCUGGCUCGCACAAAUCUAGGACUUAAGCUUCUGCAACUCACGGGGAUUGUUCUGCCUUUUGUGGAGUUUCUGGAGCACUCGAGCGUCCGAGCAAUUUUCAUAGGCACAGAUAUGAUCGCCAGCAUGUAUCCCCUCGGAAUCUUGGCGCUGAUGAGUCUGACCAACUACACCGGCGUUCUUUCGGCAUUUUCGUGCGAUGGCUCGCAUCAUCCGUGCUCGCUGUUUGUUCCGUCGAUGGAGCUGUGGCUUGGUCUGAUCGCCAGCAAUGUCAUCAGCACGAUGCUUACCGAGAUUAUCGGCAUGACGCUGGCUGUGUGGUUGGUGGGGGACCCAGGAUACCGAUACGUCUACUCGCCAUGGUGGACGUCUCUGGGCCGGCACUUCAGCGCGGCGGGCUUUGCAUACGGCGGGAUGAUUGUUGGCGCGAGUGUCAUCCUUCACAUGAGCGGGGCCAAUGGCUGAGCAAUCAAGUUGCCAGUCGAUUCAGUCAAUACAAG